AUGGCUAUCAUGAAGACCCUUUUCUCCCUCCUAGCACUUGCUACCACCGUCCUUAGCAAAGACAACGUCCCCUUGGAUACCUGGACGUUAUACAACAGCAGCAUCACAUGCAACACCUCCUGCGAGUAUAAGUUUUUCAUAGAGAAACACAACUCUGGAGAAACUUAUCCUUGCAACCUCCACACAGAAGGACCUCCCAAUCCUCAAGCAAUUCUCAUUGAUAGGCCCUGCCACGCUGAUCCCCACCUCGCACUCACGAUCAACUGGGGAAUGGACCGCUCGAUCAUAUUCUGCAUUGCGGAUCUCGACGAAAAGGCCAUCGCCUACUACAGCCUCGAGUCUUAUGAAGUCCGCAAUGGGACUAUCGUACCAAACAAGACCGAACGGGCUUGGGGGCUUGGCCAAGUUCCGACUCUGAGCACAGGAUCCACGCCAUUGCCGGAGAUAUGGUUGUGA